UGCUAGGUGAGCGCUCGGAGAUGGUGCAGGACCGACUGCCGCUUAUCGUGGGCUCAGCGCUUGGUGGUCUAGCCUUCUUGGUAAUUGCUGCCAUUGCCAUCCUUGCUAUCAUCUUCAAGAGUAAAAGGCGAGAGACUCCAUACACAGACCGCCUGCAGCAGUAUAUCAGUGCACGAGGACUUGGAGUGAAGUACUACAUUGAUCCUUCAACCUAUGAAGAUCCCAAUGAAGCUAUUCGAGAAUUUGCCAAGGAGAUUGAUGUGUCCUUCAUCAAGAUUGAGGAGGUCAUUGGAUCAGGAGAAUUCGGAGAGGUGUGCUUUGGGCGCCUAAAACAUCCAGGGAAGCGUGAAUACACAGUAGCUAUUAAGACCCUGAAGUCAGGAUACACAGAUGAACAGCGGCGGGAAUUCCUGAGUGAGGCCAGCAUCAUGGGGCAAUUUGAGCAUCCCAAUGUCAUCCAUCUGGAGGGUGUGGUCACCAAGAGCCGACCAGUCAUGAUUGUGACAGAGUUCAUGGAGAAUGGAUCACUGGAUUCCUUCCUCAGGCAGAAGGAGGGACAGUUCAGUGUGUUACAGCUGGUGGGAAUGCUACGGGGGAUUGCAGCUGGCAUGCGCUACCUUUCAGACAUGAACUACGUGCAUCGUGACCUGGCAGCACGUAACAUAUUAGUCAACAGUAACCUUGUGUGCAAGGUGUCAGACUUCGGUUUGUCCCGUUUUCUGGAGGAUGAUGCUUCAAAUCCCACCUAUACUGGAGCUCUGGGCUGCAAAAUCCCCAUCCGUUGGACUGCCCCUGAAGCUGUCCAGUAUCGCAAGUUCACCUCCUCCAGUGAUGUCUGGAGCUAUGGCAUUGUCAUGUGGGAGGUGAUGUCCUAUGGGGAGAGGCCUUACUGGGACAUGUCCAAUCAGGAUGUAAUUAAUGCCAUUGACCAGGACUAUCGCCUGCCACCACCCCAGGACUGCCCAACUGUUUUGCACCUGCUGAUGCUUGACUGCUGGCAGAAGGAGCGGGUCCAGAGACCCAAAUUUGAGCAAAUAGUCAGCGCCCUAGAUAAAAUGAUCCGCAAGCCAUCUGUCCUCAAAGCCACUGGCACUGGGAGCAGCAGACCAUCUCAGCCUCUUCUGAGCAACUGUCCUCCAGAUUUCCCUUCACUCAGCAAUGCCCACGAGUGGUUGGAUGCUAUAAAGAUGGGCCGUUACAAGGAGAAUUUUGACCAGGCUGGUCUGAUUACGUUUGAUGUCAUAUCACGCAUGACUCUGGAAGAUAUCCAACGUAUUGGCAUCACCCUUGUUGGUCACCAGAAAAAGAUUUUAGACAGCAUCCAGCUCAUGCAAGUCCAUUUGAAUCAGCUUGAACCAGUUGAAGUGUGAUGUUUACUGAUUCCACGAGUCUCAAAGUCUGGAAGGGUCUUGGGGCUAUUCAGAGGGAUUUUCACAGAGAUAUCUCUAUGCUACUUGAAGACUUCAUGCACCCAGAGAGUGCACACUACAUGUUCUGUUCCGUGAACAAAAACAAAGCCUUGCCAUGAUUUGAAAACAGAACUAAAUAACUGGUGCUAUUUAAAUGUGGCUGACAUCAUACACUGGGAAUGGGUUCAUGAGGGAAAGUUAUAAUAACUUGGGGAGGAGAUGGAAUAAUAGCUUGGACACAUCACAAGCACCCGUUGCCAUUUCUU